AGUGAAAGUGAAACUGAGGCAGGAUUGUUCUUUUUUCAAACUUUACGAAACUUUACUAUCAACAUUUUGUUAAUAUCAUAUAAUUUAUAAAAUAUCGAUAAUUUAUUCAGACACUCUUGUGAACACAGCAAUGUUCAGUUUAAGAAAGUGAUUGUACAUUUGCAUCUCACUUUUGGACAGAAACUUAAAUCAUCUGUCUCAGAGAUGAAGUUACUUUGUUUGACUCUCGUGUUUGUUAGUGGAAUUAAAGAUUCAAGAUCAGAGCAAUAUGAAGUAGUGGGACCUGCAGAUCCUGUUCUUGCUGUAGCUGGUGAAGAUGUGAUUCUGCCCUGUUCAGUCAAACCCAACAUCAGUGUUGUGGACAUGAGAGUGGAGUGGUCUAGAUCUGAUCGGAAAGACUCACAACUAGUGCAUCUCUAUGAGGAUCAUGAAGACAGAAACACAGAUCAGAUUCAGUCUUACAGAGGGAGAACAAAACUGAAUCAUCAAGAACUACAGAGAGGAAACGCAUCACUCAAACUCUCAGCAGUCCGAGUCUCUGAUGAAGGACGUUAUAAGUGUUUUAUUCAGUCCAAAUCCUGGUCUGAUGAUGCCACUGUUGAUGUCAGAGUUGAAGCUGUAGGACGUCCUCCAGUGAUCACUGUAGAUGGGUUUGAUCGUUCAGGAGGGCUUCAUCUACAGUGUGAAUCUGAAGGUUGGUAUCCUGAACCUCAUCUUGAGUGGCUGGACAGUGAAGGAGUCAGUUUGAGUUCAGAAACUACAGAGACACACAGAAACACAGACAGAUUCAGUGUGAAACACACCAUCAUUGUGUAUCACAGCGGCAAGAUUCACUGCAGAGUCAAAGUGAAGCAUCACAUGCUGGAGACACUGAUUGACACCUCAAAUAAUAUGUUUAUUUCUUGGAGGACAUCAGUCAUCAUGAGUUCAGUUGCUGCGGUGCUCUUUGUGAUUACUGGAUUACUGAUCGCUGCAUUUGCUUAUAAAAACAGAGAACGUGAUCAACUUUUACAAAAUCAGAGGAUCAUUAUAAAACAAGCUGUCACACAUUUAAGAACACACAGGGUGAAUGUGAUUCUGGAUGCUGAUUCAGCUCAUCCUCGUCUCGACGUGUCUGAUGAUGGGAAACAAGUGAGAGAUGGAAACAGAGAACUGAACUUAGUGGAUGAGGAAACAGACAAGUUUGAUGAAUAUCUUGCUGUUCUUGGGAAGGACGGAUUCUCCUCAGGGAGUUUUUACUUUGAGGUUCAGGUGAAGGAUCAGACUAAGUGGGAUGUAGGAGUGGCCAGAGAAUCUGUUAACAGAACAGGCUGGAUGAUCAGUCUGAGUCCGGAAGAUGGAUACUGGACUGUGGGUCUGAGACAUGGGAAGUAUUGGACUCGUGAUUGUCCAUAUGUCUCUCUUUCUCUGACAGUGAAGCCUCAGAGGGUGGGGGUGUUUGUGGUGUAUGAGAAGGGUCUUAUCUAUUUUUAUGAUGUUGAGUCCAUGUCUCAUAUCCACUCUUUCACUGGUCAGUCUUUCACUGGGAAACUCUAUCCAUUUGUUUGUUUGGGGUUUCAGUCGAAUAAAAACUCGACACCACUGAUCAUCUGUGAUGAUUAAUAAUGAGAUCAGUGAAUUAAUUUACAUGAUCAGGUGAAAUAAAAGGAGAUGCAAUAAAAAAGUGUAAUAGCAAUAAACAUGUGGACACAAAAGAGUGUGUCACAGGUUUACCAGCACUCAGUGUUAGCAGUCACAUGAUCACUGAUCAUCAGCACAUCAUCAUCUCCUCUAUAAGAUCACACUCCUCACAGUCACAUGAUCACUGAUCAUCAGCACCUUUUCAUCUCCUUUAUAAGAUCACACUCUUCACAGUCACUCUUCUUCUGGCUUCGGCUGUGGAUUCAGAUUGUUACCUGUGAUACUCACCUGAAUGAUAGUUCUUGUGAUACUCCACUGCUAUCCUCUACUAACUGCUCUUACCUGAUACUCACCCGGCUCAGUUGAGGUGUGUGUUCUCCUUCACGUCUCCACUUCCUUUGCAAAUCAUCAAUGUCAGUCUCCAUUCAUCACUAUCUAUUCUGUUUAUAUUGAUCUGUUACUUUCCUUCAUUGCCAUUUACCAUCACCUGUCAAUAAAGACCAACUUCUCUGUGCUUAAGUCUGAUUUGUCCCGACAGGGUCAUUUUAUGUUUCUUGUGAUCUUAAAAACAUUUUUGAUUUAAAGACUUAUAAAUAAAAUUCUUGACAAGA